UGUUUGCAUUGAAUAUCAUAUUCGUUUCUUUCCAGGUGAUACAUGGUCGAAUCUUUCAGAUACCUUCAUGGAUUCAUUUAGAAUGUCAGUCACCACCAAAAACGAUACUCUGUAACCUGCCUUUCACGAUGCCUCUCGAGUAGCAGCUGGCUAUCAGCCACCUACAUCUUUCCAGGAGAUAACCAUUGAAGUUCUGCUUUCAUCGCUCCUGAAGUAAUUUCCUAACCAAGAGGACUGCGCUGUCACAAAAGGCCAGCUCUGUGCCAGGCAAGAUGACCACAGCCAGGUAUCGGCCCACCUGGGACCUGGCCCUGGACCCCCUGGUCUCCUGCAAACUGUGCCUUGGAGAGUUCCCGCUGGAGCAGAUGACCACCAUCACGCAGUGCCAAUGUGUCUUCUGUACACUAUGCCUGAAGCAGUAUGUGGAACUCCUGAUCAAAGAGGGCCUUGAAACUGCUAUUAGCUGUCCAGACUCUGCCUGUCCAAAACGAGGACACUUAUUGGAAAAUGAGAUUGAGUGCAUAGUGGCUACAGCGAUUAUGCAGAGAUACAAGAAGCUGCAGUUUGAGAGGGAGGUGCUUCUGGACCCGUGCCGGACGUGGUGCCCAUCGUCGUCGUGCCAGGCAGUGUGCCAGCUGAAGGAGAUGGAGGUGGCGCAGCCCCAGCUGGUGAAGUGUGCCGUGUGCACCCUGGAGUUCUGCUCGGCCUGCAAGGCUAACUGGCACCCCGGGCAGGUCUGCCCACCCCAGGAGAACAACCUGCCCAUCACCGCUUUCCUACCCGGAGAGACCAGAUCCUUCUACAAGAGUGACGAUGACGGUGGUCCCAUCAAGCGCUGUCCCAAGUGUAAGGUGUACAUCGAGAGGGACGAGGGCUGUGCCCAGAUGAUGUGCAAGAACUGCAAACACGCCUUCUGCUGGUACUGUCUGGAGUCACUGGACGAUGACUUCCUCCUGAUCCACUAUGACAAAGGGCCCUGUCGAAACAAACUGGGCCACUCCAGGGCGUCUGUCAUCUGGCACAGAACACAGGUGGUGGGGAUCUUCGCUGGCUUCGGCCUUCUCCUGCUGGUGGCCUCUCCCUUUCUCCUCCUGGCCACGCCCUUUGUCCUCUGCUGUAAGUGCAAGUGCAGCAAAGGGGACGACGACCCCCUGCCCACCUAAACCCCGCCUCACUCAUCUAAGCAGGCGGCCAUAUUUAUUUUUCGUCCCUUCUGUUUUCUCCCUCCAAGCUUCUUGCGGUGCUUCAUUUAACGGGGCUGGGGCCUAGCUGCACUGUCUCGGGCCCAGCCGCGUCCCGAUCCAUCUCGCUCGCAGUGUCAUGGUGGGAGAGGAGUUGUGUUGACCCUGUGCUCCCUGGCCUGGUGGAAGAUGGGUUCACAGAGGUCAGGCUUUGAGGACGACAAUGAUGCGCCUCUCUGUGGGCUUGGGGGCAUGUGUCCGUUUACUGUAGCAGGGCCACUCUGAGGCCUUGAGGUGAGCUACAGACAGUGGUGUAGUACAGAACCGAAGAAGAAGAGGAUGUUUUAUCAAGAGAUAAAUAAAGACGUGAUGUCGGAGACAUUUUCAUGCAGGAGCUGCUACUAUCGGAGGAGCUUCACCUUAACUCGUUUCAGUCGAGUUUCUUGUUUUUGUUGGUUUGUCGAACACAAUGCUUUCCCCCCCUCUUCUCUCUCUUUUUAGCUCUCAACAUACAGGAAAUAGCACUGGAGUUACGUUUUGACAAACGUUUUGUGUUUACUCUGUUUGCACAUUAAAGACUCUCCGUUUGUCGCUUUAAGAACCGGGGCGGGAGUUGGGAGAUUUUCUGUCUCUCACUCCCCUGUACAGCACGCUCUCUUGGUGAUGUCUGUGUUUCUGUAAUCUUUUGCUCUGUUCCCACUAUCAGCAAGAAGUUAUUCUUUUUACAAAAUGGAUUUGAACUCCUAUAUGUGUCUUUUUGAGAGGGUGUCCCAAACUCCUUCUCACAGCCCAAAAAGAGGACUCCUGGUCCUGUGUUUGUCGAAGAGUCUCAGAGUAGGAGUGCUCAUCUAGGCAAGACAAAACUGAUCCUAUAUCGAUACUCCUACUUCAAGACACUUUGUGAACAUGGGCCCUGAACAUUCGUCUCCCCGUCCACACAGACGUGAACAAACCAUCCGGAACUGGUUCUGACUUGUGUUGUCGAAUGGAAUACUUUACUAUAGAUGUCGUGGUUUUCCUUCUGAGUUCCUCUCAACUCAAAUAAGAAUAAUAUUUAGCCACAUAGCAACAAAUGGCCUUAAAUGAAUAAGAAACGAAGCCAAAAACGUCACCUCCAGUAUUCAGAAGAAGAAAAAACUGUCUUACAAAAACACAUGGCCAUUGUCCAAUUCCGUCCUUGUGAAAGCACACUUAAAUAAUGAAUUUGUUUAAUGCAUCAGUCAUUCAUUAAAACCUGUCUAUUUUCAGGUAGAACAUAGGAAAUUAAAUUGUCUCUCUGAUACAAAGAUGUCCCUUCAUAUGAUCUAUAUUACAUUGAUGUUGGUCAUAUAUCCAACUACUGUAAUGAACAAUAAUCCUAUACAAUGUAUUUUUUAAUUGUGUGAAUCUGUGGCAAACUUGCAUAAUGUUAGUGGUAUUGUUGUCAACGUUUUUGUUGGGAGCAAGUCGAGAGCUCUCACUACAUGCAGCUACUGCAACCUUUGCAGGGAUAUAAAAUGUCAAGAACUUCACCGGACUGUUUAGGACACAUCUGAAAACUGCUCUACACAUGACUGUAUCUAUGCAAGUUUGUACAUUUCCUAUCUUAGUCUUGCUAACAGUGUGGUCAUAUCAAGUGGUCCAGUAUGUUAUACCAGAUUCCAUGUGCCAUUUAUCACAUCAUACAGUAGAAUUUCACAAAAGGGCGGUUGACUUACAUCCGUUUCAUUUGAUUUUAUUUGAUUUUUUAUCUAUCAGGGAAGCCAUACAUUAUUUCAUCACCAUCGUUUUCCCUUAAGUUGUUCCAUCAGAACGUGUGGUGAGGAGGCAUUUACUGUAGCGACACCAUUUCUCACUCUGAAACACAUUUAAACUCAAGAGAUCGGUCAUUGGCGUUCCGUCAUCAAUAAGCCACUUUGGAACACGUACAGAAAAUCCUGGGUGGCAGUCUGUUUCUGCUCUCUUGCCAACUCCUUAUGAAAUUGUCACGCAAAACUGGCUUGACAAUGGAUUAGGGAAAAAGCACAAACAAAUCCGGGACUACUGUAGACUACAUAUAGAAUGCUGAGAUACUCUUCUGCAGAAAUCCCAGAUUUUUUUAUUUUGCUCUUCCGUAUUGGUCUCCACGUAGCAUUUGAAGAGUGGGUAUGGCAGUUACUGGAACUAGCAUUAGCCAUUCACCUCUAGCUCAUGGUAGCCACCACACACAAAGAAAACAUUAGCCUUAACUUUUCAGUACCUCGUACCUUUAGCCUCAUCAUUUCCCGUUAAUCCUUAAUGCAUGCAAGUAGUCAAAGACUCGAUUUUAAAAUAAAAAAUAAAAAAACAUUUCAGUUGAGCUAAUUUACCCUUAUUUUCUGGCAAUAGGGAAUAUGAAGGUCCCAACUGAGCAUGUGGAUCACUGAGCUGACCGUGUCUUUGGGUGACAAUCAUGCCAAGCAAGUCUUGUGGGUGGAGAUCGAGAGUGAGUGAAUAGUUUCAAGCGUUUUAAGGUUUGUAAAGUAAAAGUGGAGAUCUUAUGUCCGUAUGGCCAGUUCCAGGCAUAAGCCAAUCAGGGUCUCGACUUACUAUUGCGAGUAAGAAAAGUAGAGUACACCAGGUGCCAUUUUGGAAUUUUGUUGUGCAUUAGCAGUUGUUCUCUUAUGUCACUCACUGACAGUCAAUUAGCAAUGUCAGUUAACAAUUUUCAGAGUGGUACUUAGUCUAGCCAUCUAUCUAAACUCGUAGUAAUCAUGGCCGCAUACCUACCGGGCAUGCAUGGCACGUGCCCAGGGGCCCUGACCUCCAGGGGGCCCCCGUUUUUGAUUGUGUUGGUCAUUCUCACUCCGAUAUCAUAUUAACAUGGCAUAAGUCAUUAUAAAAUGUGUAGAAUUGCAGUAAAUUGGCUGUAAACCUGAAAUGUUUUCUUUCUGCCCCAUGGCAAAAUUUGUAGAAUUACCUGACAUUUCUACAAUUGCAAAGUUCUAUCCCCACCCCAUGGCAAAGUAUGUAAAAUUGCAGAAAAAAACAUGCUUUAAAGGUCCAAUGCAGCCAUUUUCAUCUCAAUAUCAAAUCAUUUCUGUGAUUGUUUUCAAUUAAAACGGUAAAAAAUAAACAAAGAUGGCUUCUUAGCUAAGAGCAAUUUCUCAGGCAACAUUUUUGCUAGGAUUGUCUGGGAGUGGUCUGAGUGGGGAGGGGAAAACUGAAAAGUAGCUGUUAUUGGCAAAAAGGUUUGGAACUCUCUUUCUUGUUGGUCUAUUAACUAAUUUACUGCAUGGUGAUGUCACCAUGGAAGGCCAAAACACCAUUCCAUGAAAACAGGAUGACAUUUCAGACAGUCUUUUCAAACAGCUUAAACACUAAAAGGGAAUUAUCAUGUUCACACAUUCACAGUAUUAUUCCAACCUCAUAGUGUGGAAAUGAGGUCUGUCAAACAAUGAAAAGAAUGAAUUGUGAUUAAUUGCCAGUUAUAUCGAGGUAUUCAGUCAUAGGCAUUCAGCCAUUCAGCUCGCUAGCUAACAUUAGCAUAACUAGAAUAGCUGUUAUCUAAAAAAACGCCUGGGGAUGUGUGUAUAGUUAAACUUUCUGUACGUUUUUCUUAAAUUGUUGCUCAAAGCUGCGCACGCAGAGGAUUUUUUUAUAGAACUGCAGGAAAUCCCCCAUCGUCAAGACGGGGGCCACUAAUAAAAAAGAUCCCGCUAGGUGGGGGUCCCCCAAACAAAUCUCACUUAGGGCCCCAAAAGGCUAUAGCCGGCCCUGCCCAUUAAAUAUUGCCUUCUCUUUGGAAAUGUGUAAAGCUGUCACCGACACUUUUUGUUGUCCUUAUUAAAGGGGUUCGGGGAUUGUAAUUUUAAGAAAUGUAGCCUCUAUUUCCAGGCUUCCUCAGAACUCAGAGACUUGGGAGGAUGGCAUUGCGUGACUAUAGGAAAUGUACAUUCAAGAGAAGUGGAAACAAGUUCUCAUCUUCCAUUUGGUUUAGAGGGGCUUUGAGCUGAGAGAAUCUUGAAUGCUUGUCACAAAGUCCUCUGACUCAACUGAUUUUGCCAGUAUACCAAUCAAACUCCGAUGACUCGUACAGUCAUUAGUGUUAUCAUCUGGUUUCUUUCAGCAUUAUGCAGCGAAGGGACACAAAACAUUUAAUAAACUCCAUUCACCUCGAGGUGAGACCAAGCCUGUUGCACAAUUAUAUUCUAUGGCUUGAAACCUAUUUUGCUCUUUGUUCACACUGUUGGGCUUCUAAACUAUAUUUCAACCUGUUAUAUCAGAUGAUAACAAUGCUAUAUGUUUUUAAAAAGAGGUCAAACUGUGCCUCUUAAUUUUAGGGAGUCCGAAACAACAUUGUGUGCACAAAAGGUCCGAAGGUUUCUGUCAUGACGUACCCUUUAUCCUGGAUUCUAAGUUUGACUUUCACACUUACCGUACUUAGGUUGCCUUUGUGUUAUACUUGUUCUGUAGGCUUUGAUGCAGUAAAUCAUACAGUAAUGGCUUGUAUUUGUGUUAACUGUGGAAGGAUUCAUAUUUCCAACUUUUCAAAAGAUGUAACCUUGUAAAUUGGCAUGUGUGGAGAGCAUUGGAUAAACACAUUGUACUUCUCCCAUGUAUCUAUUGUUCCACUAACACUGUGAAAUGGAAUAAAUGUGGUUGUUUUUUGUGA